AUGUUUGAGGUUUACGGUGAUAGCGCGUGCGUGUCUCCCCCGCCUCGCUGCCUGGCCCGUCUCUUUGAAGCAGCGGGGCUGCCUGUUCCCCCUUUUGCUGUUGCUUCAGGGGCAGCAGCAGCAGCAGCAGGAUCAGCAGCAACAGCAGCAGCAGCAGCAGCAGCAGGAGAUAGACAGGUUAAAGAGACAGCUGCAAGGAAGCGGCAGAAAACUGCUGCAGCAGAAUCACGACGAGAGCUGCUGCUGCGUGCCUGUCCCUACGACUGUCUCUUUUCUUUCAAGAGACCUGCAGCAGCAGCAGCAGCAGCAGCAGCAGCAGCAGGAGCAGCAGCAAGAACAACAGCAGCAGCAGCAACAGCACCCACACUUGUCACAGCUACAGGCCGCAUGCGCGUUCUCCCCACCAGGUUGCUGCCUCACAGGCGGCAGGUGGAGGGAUCAGCAGCAGCAGCAGCAGCAGGAGCAGCAGCAGCAGCAGGAGCAGCAGCAGCAGCAGGAGGAUGCCAGGGUCUGCUGCCCCCUCUAACACGACAGGAGCAGCUGCAGCUGCUGCAGCUGCAGCAGCCGCUGCUGAUGUGGGCGGAGUUCUUCUCCCCUGACGAGCAGCGCUGGGUCUCCUGUAUAUUUAGGGGGCCGCAGCACUCUAUAUAUGAUGCAGCAGAUGUAUUAGCAGGACGGAGACACCCCAUGCCUGCUGCUGCUGCUGCUGCUGCUGCAGUUGGCGGUGGGGGAGGAACAGCAGCAGCAGCACGGGGAGAUAGCAGCAACGUGCAUGCAGCAGAAGCAGCAGCACAAGAGGCGCUGCAGCAGCUUUUCCUGCGGCGCUGCUGCGCGUUGCAGCAGCAGCAAAUAGACAAACUAAAGAAGCAGGAAGAAGACAAGAAGCAGCAGCUGCUGCUGCUGCUGCAGCAGCAGAAGAUAGCUGCUGCAGCACAACAAAGUGCUCGCUCCCUCACCAGCGGGCUCCUGCUUACUGCGAGGCCCCAUCGCCGUGCUGCUUCAGCACGCAGCAGCAGCAGCAGCAGCAGCAGCAGCAGCAGUGAAUCUGACAGCGACACAGGUGCUACACCAGGCAGCUCCCAGGCCUCUAGCAGCGCAGACACAACACGUGGAGACGUUCCCCACAGCACAGCGUCUGCAGCAAACCCAGCAGCAGCAGCAGCAGCAGCAGGAGCAGCAGCAGCAACAGCAGCAGCAAGGCGUCCUGCUGCUGUCUUGGGUUUAAGAUGGCCCCUGUACUGGGAGGCCGGCAGGUGGGGCAUUCUCUUCUUGCGGCCCGACCACCUCACCCUCAUUGUCUCUCCACAGCAGCAGCAGCAGCAAGAGCUGCAGCAGCAGCAGCAGCAGCUGCUGCUGCUGCGAUCACCUCUGCUGCGGACGCUGCUGUGGCGCCUACAAGCCAAAAUAUCGCAGCCCCCGCUGCAGUUGCAGCAGCUGCUGCUGGAAGUAACAGAGGCUGAGGAGGCUGCGCAUGAUGCAGACAGCAGCAGCAGCAGCAGCAUCAGAAGCAGCAGCAGCAGCUGCAGCAGCAACAGCAGCAGAAGCGGCAGCAGCAGUAGCAUCAGGCGGGACAUCACCGCAGCGCCGCACGAAAUGGCGGAGGAGGCAGCGCUUAUAGCCGACGAGUUUGCUGCUGCUUGGAAGCAAAGCAGCAGCAGCAGCAGCAGCAGCAGCAGGAAGCGUGGCCUAACCCAGUCUGUAGGGCGUCCUGGCAGUGCAGCUCCGACCAGCAGCAGCAGCAGCAGCAGCAGCAGCAGCAGCAGCAAGCGGAGGGUUGCAGGGCCGACUGGCGGUGGUGAGUUGCUGGGCUUGGACUUCCUUCGAGCCCGCAGACAGGGGAGGGGAGGCCUGCAGCAGCGGCAACGGCCUCUGGUGAAGCAGCAGCAGCAGCAGCAGCAGCAGCAGCAGCAACCCCUGCAGCAGCAGCAGCAACAACCCCUGCAGCAGCAGCAAGAGCAGCAGCAACAGAAAGACGAAGAGACAGUUGUAGCCUCAUCUAUGGUGUGUAAGCAGGACCCUCUGGCGGGGUCUGCGUCUGGCUUUUCGGUUCUCUUACAGCCUCAGCAGCAGCAGCAGCAGCAGCAGCAGCAGCAGCAGCAGCAGCUUGUGUGUGCGUUGGAGCAGCAAGGGCGCGGAGCAGUUCGUUUUAUAUUGGCUGUUGACGGGUCGGGGGAGCUGCGGGAUGUCACCCACAGAUAUGUAAAGAGCUGGCAGCAGGUGCUGCAGCAGCGAGGCGCCCGCCUGCACCAGUGGUGGGAGAGCGAAGGAGUGCGGAAGGCGCUGCGGCGUGGGGGCCCUGCAGCAGCAGCAGCAGCAGCAGGUGCAGCAGGAGCUGCUGCAGCAGCAAGUGGAGAUGCAGCAGCUGGAGAGUCUCCUUGCGGCGAGGGCUUAAAGGAGAAAGAGGAGACAGAAGAAAGGAGACAGAAGGAGCAGCAGAGACAGCAGCAGAUAGAAGCAGCAGAAGAGAUAGAGAGACAGCGCCUCAUCGCUAGCGAGCCCCUACCCACGUCCCGCCGUGGUUUUAUUGACAGCCCCAAAUUCGUCCUCAGGAGUCUGUUGCCUCUACGUGCACACAGCGUGCAAUAA